AUGGUCCGUCGCAACUCCGACAUCGAAAUCCAACUGCCAGACGCCGGGCCAACACCUCUCUCAGACACCGACUCUCUCACGGAUGUGGAAAUGAUCUCGGAUGAAACAAUCCUCAACCUUCCUCCACACAUCGCAGCCCGAUUCUACCGUAAGAGCAGCAAAGCCCGGCGCUCCUCCUCGUCCCGACGAAGCUCAAUCUCCUCCCUACAUUCCCACGCCUCCACCGGCUCGCCAAGCGCAGACCAUAUUGCCCAACAUCUGCGCCGUACCUCGAUUCUAGAAAGUCGUAAGGCAAGGCUCGCAGACCGGGCGUCACAUGCGGAGAAAGUAAGGCUGCGAGCCGCGCUGGCCAAAGCAGCAACACGGAACCUGCAAAUCGAAGAGCGAGCUCUAGCUGCACAGCAAGCGCGCGAGCGUCUGUUGGCUGACAUUACCGCCAAGUGCGAAGAUCAGGUCAAACGGGCCAAGAAGAAGGCGGAAGAUCAGCGCGACAAGAAAGCCGCAGAGGAAGCCCGUCUGCGGCUGGAAAUGACAGAGAAGUUCGCCGAGGCGGAAAAGCGACGCGCAGCAUACCAGACUCAUCGGCGCCGGCGGACAAGCAGCUUGCCUGCGACGGAAGAAAAGAAGAUGUCGAAGGAGGUCAUGAAAUCGAUCACGGAGGAUGCCGCUGCACGGCAGAUCCAGCGCGUCUGGAGAACACACCAUGCGAAGAUGGUAAUGGGACAGUUCCGGACCUUGAAUCUGUCCGUGGAUCGCGUGCGGGAGAUGAGCUUCGAGGAGGUCGGGGCGCUUCUUUCCAGUGGGGAAUUGCUGGAUACGAUGACGAAGGUUUUGCGGCUCUGCGGGCUGCAGGACAUGGAGGGUGGUCCGUUGGGGGAGAGGGGCGCUGUGCGCACCUUUCUCAGUAGCUAUCUGAUCGUUACUCACCCAAAGGAGGUCCUGAGCAGUAACGGAGAUCAAGAGCAAGAUUUGAUCUCCAAGGCUCGAGAGCUGCUGGUGGUUUUUGAUCAGGUAACGGCACUCCUUUCAUCGGGCUGUUGCUCGCCUUCAGUCAUCACUGCGGAUCUCCAGACUUUGUGUGAAUCACACAAUGUGUUCUUCUCUGCGUUUCAUGCCUGGAAGUCCCAUGACUCGACAGUCUUGAUUGAAAUCAUGGUUGCGCAAUUUGUCGAAUUAGAGUUGAUUUGGCAGACUGUCAAAAACGACAAGGCUGGCGGUGCUGCAGAGGACUACAGGCAGGGGAUCCGUCAGAACCAAGUAUUGUUGCUUGCCCGUCUGAAGCGACUUGCAGGACCUGAACGCCAUAUGGAGUUGAUCCGCGACUCCUUGAAGAAGGCUAAGCGUGAGAAGAGGCGUGCGGCCUCGAAGCAAGCCAUUCCACGAUCUGCCGAGGCGGCUCCUCCCACAACGGAAGUCUUGACGGAGAGUAUGACUUCACCUCUGAGCGAGUCGUUCAACAACGUUGAUGCUGCAGUUUUCCAAGAGCUGGACAAGCAGCGGACAUCUCCUCACGAACGAUUCACCAAGAUCCUGACCCCGCUCCCCGAGAACCGGGAGCUGGUUCAUGAGCUUUUGGUCAAUAAAGAAUUCAAGAUUGAAGAAGCACCUUACACCGAGCCACGCAGGCAAAUCAUGAAGCAGAUGUGUGAAACCAUGAGAACGAGCGUCGAAGCCGGACAUGGUACGAACUGGACCGUUGCGAUGGCUACAGUCAUCCAAGAUCGCCUCCUCCGAUCCCUUCAGCGUGGCAACUCGCUGUAUGUGAUCAUAAGUGAAGUCCUGGACCCAAAGCUGGUCCAAGGACAAUGCGAGGCAGGCACUUUUUCCUAUGAUAAUUUCUUCGAGUUCAUGAACAAUAUCCUACCCCGUCUCUGCGCUCCCUACCGAGACCCGGUGGUUAAAGCUUACAUCGAAGACACCUCUGGGGACGCCAUUGACCGAUUAGCACGACUAAUGAGUAUCAUCGAUCUUCUCUCCCUUGAUCAAACGAACUUCAUGAUCCAACUCGCUGCUCCCCAACUCAUUGAGGAAGCACCGGGUUACGAACAGCGCACAUUCGACCGCGGCGUGGCCGACGGCUCAAUCAGCCUCCAGAAGACCCACCGCUUCUGGCGCAUCCACCGGAAGAUCAUAGUGGAUGAAAUGAAGAAACGAGACCCCGAAGGCAUUCAGGGCGAGCCGCAUCCAGCAGCUGCUAGAGUAUACGCCCAAGGUCUCACCGACACCGUCUUCAGCAACGCCCUGGUAUCCGAAGAUCUCAUCCCCGAAACCCUCAGUCUAGACAGGCGCCGGCUAGAACGGAUCCACGCACGAGCCUUCCAGAUCGUCGCAACUGCCUCCAUCCUCCUCACUGCGAAGAAUCUACUCAAACGAGACGCCCGCUCCCAAUGGAAAACCGAGGCAGACCGCAUCCUCUCCUUAGACUUCAAUGAAAUCAGUGCAGAUCGCGUUCAGUCAAUCCUCCAAUCCACACACCCCAUGCCUCCAUCUGCAAGUGCCCAGUUAGCAGGCACUAUCAAGCGAGUCCUCUCCCCCGUCGCGACAGCCUGUCUCGCCGCAUCGCCACAGCUGGUCGUGACAACUGAGACAUCGGCCUCGGAGAUGCCUUCGCACUCAGAGACAAUUCCCAGCUUCGUGGAUCCUGUUGCCCGGUUGAUCCUCUCGCGUCUACGAAGUCAUGUCCUCUCUCGCCUCAGUGCGUCAAGUGCCAAUGAGCGCGUGCGUGCUACCACCACCGCCAGUCAGAAUCUCGCGGCUGCUGGUAUGCCAGAGUUUGUCAAUGAAGUUGGAAAGUUGGUUGAAGAGUUAGAGAAGGUCAGGGAAAUCGAUUGGCUUUGCCAUGGCGGUGUUUAUGAGGGGUUGCCACCCCUCCACCCCUCCAAAAUGCAAAUCACCCACCUAAGCGACCUCACACCCCCCUCCCAAGAGCGCACCUGGCUCACAGCGCCCCAUCCCACCCUCCCCCUCCUCGCAACCUGCAGCAGCGACAAGACCGUCCGCAUCUACUCCCUAACCAACUUCACCCUCCUCUCCACAAUAACAGGCGGCCACAAACGGUCCGUCCGCACCGCAGCCUGGAAGCCCCACAUUGAAGGCGAAUCCGUCCUCGCGACCGGCAGCUUCGACGCCACAGUCGGGAUCUGGCGACGCUGGGACAACUACGGGAACGCUGCCGCGGAGGAAUCGAACGGGGACGAGGCCGACGACGAAGAAUGGCGCUUUGCUGUCCUUCUCGAUGGCCACGACAGUGAAGUCAAGUCUGUUUCGUGGUCGGCAUCGGGGAUGCUUCUUGCGACGUGUUCGCGGGACAAGAGUAUUUGGAUCUGGGAGGAUCUGGAUGAUGGUGAUAAUAAUUUCGAGACGGUUGCUGUGAUGCAGGAGCAUGGCGGUGAUGUCAAGUGUGUUUCGUGGCAUCCUUCGGAGGAAUGUCUUGCGAGUGGGAGUUAUGAUGAUACGAUCCGGAUCUGGAGGGAGGAUCUGGAUGAUUGGGGACAAGUUGCUUGUCUGAAGGGGCAUGAGGGGACGGUUUGGUUUGUCGAUUGGGAGAGGGAGGUUGAAGGGGGCUCGGGGCCGCGGUUGCUUUCGUGUUCGGACGAUAAGACCGUGAGGGUUUGGAAGAGGCAGGUUCAGGCUUCCAGUGAGCCUGGGGCGCUUGCUUCGGCCUCAACUGGCAUUCCGAGUAUCAUUCGGCCUGCUGGCGGUGAUGAGAUCUGGGAGCAGGAGGCUUUGCUUCCCAAGGCGCAUGAAUUGGCGGUCUAUGCGGUUGCUUGGAGUAAGACGAGUGGCCUCGUUGCGUCUACUGGUGCCGAUGGGCGCAUUGCGCUUUAUCAGGAGCGAAUUUUGGAGUCUGCGGAUGCGUCGGCGGCGCAAUCCGAGUGGACGCUUCUGUCUGUCAAGGAUGGGGCACAUGGAAUCUACGAGAUCAACCAUGUUGCUUGGGCGAAGAGGGCGGACCGAGGUUCCCAGGAGGAAGAGGUUCUUGUCUCUACGGCUGACGACGGCAGUGUCAAGGUCUGGACCAUACAAUAA